AAUAUCUUACUUGUUAGUUAUCGAUCUUUGUAGGUAUAUUUGUGUAUUAGAGAGUUGAUAUAAGUGUAGUUUUGUCACACCAUCUCCCGGUUAAAUAUAUCCUUAUUUUGUCAGACCUGUUUGUUCGCUCUCGCUUGCGUUCCCGCUAAAAUCAGCUGUGUGCUUUAUUUACUGCAAAAUACUCGAUAUAUUGACGAAAAAUAGAAUUCUUAAACCUUAUUGUAUAAAUAACCUCAAUUGUUUUUGUUCGUUUUUGUUAUAAUUCCUGAAUUUGACUGCAAAAACUAUUCGUAAUGUGCUGAGAAAAUGAGUAUAUCCAGUACGCCGGACCGGCUGAGUCCUAGCAUGCUAAUACCCGGGACUCCCGGGACUCCAGACUUCUUCGAACCUGAAGAUGAUACAACAUCAGAUAACAUCAGCACCAGGCAAACAAUUAUUGUUCGUACUGAGGAUGCUGCCGGUGAACCUCGUGUAACUAUAGAGAGUGUACCCGAUGAGCCCAGUGUAUUGAAUAGUUUACAUAAUGACCCCAACGUUCAAGUGCUUGUUCCAACGCGUCUUAGACUUGAUGCAAUGCUCAAUGACGACAGUAGUACUACAGCGUCUAUAACCAGCGAGGACUCUCGCUCCUUACCUGAUAUCAAUAUGAGAGACAGUAGCAACCACGAAGCAGCUCCACCAGCUAAGCUAAGGAAGAUCAAUUCACCGCCAAGGAAGGUCAAUUCACCGCCAAGGAACGAUGAUCUGGAUGGAGAAACUGGAGAGACCUGUCCUAUAUGCUUAGAAUCAUGGGGAAACUCUGGAGAACAUAGAUUAGUGGCACUCAAAUGUGGUCAUCUGUUUGGAUCACAUUGUGUUGAGCGAUGGAUGAAGGCUCAGCCGGCGAAGGAUCGAUCUUGUCCCACAUGUAAGACUAAAGCUUUUAUGAGAGACAUCAGGUUUAUUUACGCAAGAAAAUUAGUUGCUGCGGAUACAUCACAAAUUACAGCUUUGCAGAAACAAUUAGACACAUUACAGGCUGAAAAGAGUCGAACAGAGUUGGAGCUGCAGAAGACUAAAAUAGCGCACCGCGCCUGUUUAGCACAAUUAGAAGAAUUAAGAAACUCAAUAUCGUUAUCUCAGACUACCAAAGCGCAGACGAGGCGAGCGUGGCGAUUCGCACUGGAGAAAAACUUAGAAAUUUGCAAAGACGGUGGUUGCAGGGUUCUUACGUACAACUGUAGGACUUAUGAGCUAUAUGUUUCACAAAAAAGCACUAACUGUAUAUUCCCUGGUUACGGCAUUAGAAAAGUGAGCUGUGUUGACUAUAAACUUGGACAAUUUGUGCAUUUACAUCCGAAACCUAUUAGAGAUAUGACAUAUUCUCAGCCCAGAGACUUAUUACUAAGUGUAGGUUUAGACAGUACCGCAAGAAUUGUAGAUAGAGGCAUUCCUAGUGUUACCGUUCAAGCUGGCUUCCCGCUAUGGUCUUGUGCCUGGGACUGUAUAAGAACAAAUGAAUUCUACGUCGGUGGUGCCGGCGGUAUGAUACACCAAUACGACUUUAGGAACCCUUCAACUUGCAUACAAACACUGACAGGGGUUGGAAGUUCCAUAGAUAUGUCACCGGUCGUCUCAAUAUGUUCUACUCAGUACGGGCUGAUGUCCUGUCAGUUAAACUCCUGCUGGUUAUGGGAGGCUAAUAAUGGAAGAUGGGAACCUCGUCUGCUGCCUGUUGAAGGGUCCUUCAUGUCUCUGGACUACGAUGCUGAAAGCCAUCGAGCAGUCAUUGCUGUCCGACCAAGUGUGAAUGGUUCCCAGCGAUCUAAACUAGCAGUUUGUAAGUUGACAGCGAGCGGUGGUAUGGGAGAAGUUUUCAUAGAUGUAGAAGAUACUUUCAGCGGUUCUGCGACUUGCUCCCUGAUGUCUAGAGCUACGUUCGCAAGGGCUCCGGGUGCCUCUUGGGUUGCUGCUCAUUCAGAAAGUGAUUCUACGCUGUACCUCCAUGGUCUAGAUGGGUUAAGGACUAUGUCACUUCCAGCCGCAGAACCAGCUAUUGAUAUAUGUUCGGUACAAUUAAAUGGGAAUAGUGUGUUAGCAGCCUUAUCAGAAUCCAGGUUAAGAAUAUACAAAGCAGUGCCAACUAGUGUUUAGAGCAUAUUGCCUUUGAAAAAAUACAUGACACUUCUCAUAAUCGUAUGAUGGACAUGUGUGCGUCAGUUUUAAGCUUGAGUUUGUCAAUUUUUUAGUGUGCGUGUGUAAAUAUGUAUUCGAAAAUGCAUGUUGUGUUACAGACUUUCUCAUGGACUUGGUGCACUUGGCGUCUCCAGUUGGUGAAAUGAUCUAAGUUGACAAUAAAUGCAAUAGUAAAGAAUUGUGUUUGUGAAAGACUUUUGAUACAGGUUUUAUAAACUUGUAAGAUAGGUUAUCGAGGAUGGUUGACCCGCCUAUUAAAAUCGUAAUUAAUGUUUUUAGUGCUUAUUAUUUUUGUUAAUUAUAUUUAGAUACCGAUUA